UGCAAAGUAACCGGUAAACACUCUAUAAGGAAUUCCAUGCAAAGCCUUCAAGGAAUGUGCCCUCUGACGAUGGUAUGGUGUGCGGAUAAUGUAACGCAAAUUAUAAGCUGAGGCUGCAUUCAUAUGACGGUUGCAAUAUCGAUGAACACGAGCCGCUACUGUGAAUGCUAUUUUGAUUUAGGUCACGCAUGCAGCGUUCCAUACAAAAGAUGCCGUAUACUUUUUACGUUCGUGAUAGUUCAAGUAUCGUGUUGAACAAUCGUCAGAAAAAUGGAACUUUGUUCAACUACUGCUGACGAACUGGUGGAGCUGAUAAAUACUGACGGUAGCUCACUUCAGUUGGAUAAAAUUCUUGAAUCUUGUACAAAUCCUAGUGAGCAGAUUGGCCCUUUGCUGCUAACUGCAUUGCACCACGCUGUACAUAAGCGUCGCCAAGACUAUGUCGAAUGUUUCGUUAAACAUCACGUCGAUGUUAAUGUGCAAGAUUACUGUGGUUAUACACCAAUUCAUCUGGCAGCUAAACAUGACCAAGUAGAAAUUCUACAACAAUUGCUGCGACCAGAAUGCAAGGCAGACACCCAAAAGCAAGAUGCUGUUGGAUAUACACCGCUUUCUCAUGCUUUACAGGAAGGCAACCACACAUGUGCAGAAGUGUUACUUCAAAAUGGCGCCGAUCCUAACUUCUACCACAAACAUAUAGGCAGUGAACUUCAUAGGGUUCCAUCUGAGUUUCCGAAAUGUGUGGAGGUUUUGUUGAAAUACGGUGCCGAUCCUGAGGUAACAACACCGAAAGGGUUUACAGUAUUGCAUUCUGCUGUGGAGGAGGGGAAUCUCAACUUUGUUCAGAUUCUGCUGGAAUUAGGUUGUGAUAUCAAUGCAUGGACCAGUCCACGAACAGGUAGGAAUAGACGCAAUGCUCUGCAGCUAGCCAUUAUUGGAAACGAAAUUGACGUUGCAAAAUGUCUGCUUUCAAACUCGGCCGAUGCUAACUGCCGUGACCAACAGGGGAACACCCCACUUCAUCACUCGGCUGCUCACGGUAGCGUGGACAUCAUCCAGCUCUUGUUAGAUUAUGGCGGCAACAUCCAUGCAAAGAAUGAUCGGCUAUUUGAACCCUUCCAUCGUGCUUGCUCUGCCGGCAGAGACCCAGCCAUCCUUACUUUUCUGAUAAAGCAUGGUGCAGACAUGGAUGCCCUCAACAUCACUAAUGACACGCCUCUUCACUGCCUCUUCUUACACUACCAGUAUGUGCAGUGGACGACAGAUGAGGCAGCUGACUGUGAACGAUACGAUCGGGAGUGUCGGCAGGGAAUACUCGUGUUCGUCAACAAUGGAGGGCGCUUUACCAUUACAACCGAGAAGGAAGACUUUCGUAGUGUACUGAAGACUCUCCCUCUUCUGAUUGGGUUACCAAAAACGGCAAGUGUCAUUCAAGAAAGUGCCGAUCAGAUCAACAUAUCUGACGUAAAAGACCCAGUGUUCAUUACAGUUGAGGAGCCGCUUCGUUCGCAACUAUUGUACGCCUCCAAUAACCCACGCUCUCUGAGACAGAUAACGCGUAAGGUGAUUCGAGGAUUGAUUGAUACCAAACAUUGUGAGGAAGCUGUUCGAAAGAUACACAUCCCUGCUUUAAUGCAAAACUAUCUGCUUUUCUUAUGGGAAGAUUGAACUAAAUAUGGACUGUAGUUUGAUAUAAGAAUGUCCAGCUAAUAAUUAGUUUUCGGAUAUAACUGUUUGAUCUAAUUUAUAAUAUUAAUCCAGUGUUUUUAUCGCUCAUUUUAAAACCGUGACAGUCAAAGAAAAACAUAAUUUUUGCAACGAAUGAACACAAAUUACAAAAAUACAGGACUUCGGACAAUAUUGUAUCUACUAUUUAAAACGAAUGCAUGGAAAUUUAAAAGUUUGCAUGAACUUAUUCCAUAAUGAAACUCUUUGUGUGAUAAUUAUAAAGAAAAAGACUUUCGAUCGUCCAUUUUGGCUAACAAUUUUAAAGGAACAUUACAGGAUUGGUUUUCGCUGACAAAAACGUUGUUGGCAGUGAAAGUACUUUAUGCCAUCCACCCUAUGCAUACAACUGACAAACCUGUAGAAGUUUUAAAUCGAUCGGCUAUCUGGUUCACAAGAAAAGAGUGAAAAAACGAUUACACAUUUUGCAUGACAUCGAUUUUAAAAAAGAAUAAAACGCUCACUGAGCGAUAAACUCCAAACUGGAAUUAACUUAGCUGUUUCGACUUGGAACAGGUAUUGUUUUCGUCGAGAUUUGCAUAAUUAAAUAUUACUAUUUUAUUAAACCUACACUCGAUAGAAUACCGUAUUUGAGAAUCAUUUAUAUUCAUAUUUGAAUCUGAGAAACGUUACUGUUAGUUACGCUUCUCAGAUUGUGUAUCCCAAUUCCUGUUUUAGUCUUCCUGCAUGGACAUAACUGCGGAUUUUCGGCGAUAUUAAUUUAAAAACAAUACCAACUUUUAUUAACAGUUGAGUGUUAAAUUUUUUGUAUUUUAAUUUUUGUUCACUUCCUAUCAAAUUAUGAAACUUUCAGACAGAAACAUUUCAAUGAUGUUUUGUGCUGUCAUCAUCAGACCGUUUCAGUUUAAUUAGAACCUGUGAUCUUCAGGAUUUUUGUUCUGAUCUUAUUUGUUAUGUACUGAUGUUAAACAUUGAGCAAUAGUUUAUGCAAGGAAAUCAAUUUGAACUAUACCAACAUUGUGAUAUAGAUCGAAAAUGCAUCUAGGCAAUAUUUCACUCUUUUCGCAAAAAUGAAAAUCCAUCAAUAAAAUUGGGGUCACGCCUGGCGGACACUUUCCAUCUAGAUGGACGUAAAAAGCUCAAAUUUCCCCCGUAAUGUAAUCAUGGGGUUUUAGAAACACAAUUCAGUGCUUUGAGCCUUGUGACACGAAGACGGCACUCGAUCUUCUCAGCUCGAAAACUGCGUCUGAUGUUUCUUGUUUGCUAAUCCUUCACAGUUGUCUGUAUAAAAAAAAGUGUUUUUCCCUAGUUCCGAAAGUCUGAAAAAAUCGAAUUACUUCUGAAUGCCUGCUAUCCAGUUUCUAAGCCUCCGUACAAAUGUGUGCCCUGAGUAAUUCUAAAUCAAUUCUCCAAAUGCGUGCCUUUCUGCAGUUUUUCAUCAAGGCACCGACUCUUCACAUCCUUUAAAGGAACACGUUGCCUUGGAUCGGUCGAGUUGGUCUUUGAAAAGCGUCUGUAACCGUUUGUUGUA